AUGAUUGGCCCGACACGACUUUCUGCGGAUGACUAUUCUCGACAACUCCAUUCAAGCACCGUCAACCAAUGCGGCUCCAAGCAGCUGAACAAAGGCUACAAGCGUCCUGUUUGCUGCAAAGCAGGUUUCAAACCAUCCGGCAGCGCUCCAGGUUAUACUGGCAUGAACUGUAUCGAUGGGUUGGURGACGGCGGCUCAAGAUGGAGCUUCAAACCCAAGUAUGACUCGACCGUCAAAUCCAAGUACUCCGGCGUAUCCAAGCGAAGCAGUUCGACGAUUCAAAAGAGAGGUCCUCUGGCAUCGGCAGUGGAGAGUAUCCCAAUCGCAGACAACGAAGCCAUGAUUUUCGCCUUGAGCCCAGAACCCGAGUUUCCCGAACAUUUGGAAGGAUCUCCGUCGUCAGCUCUCGCUCCGGCCGAACUCAACCAUAUACUCUCCGAGAUGGAUGUGGCGACCUCUAGAAGAAGCGUGCGGAAACGUUCGAGCGGAAUAUACCCGGAUACCGAGCCUAGUGGCAGUGGUCACCAGACACAAGAUGCCGUGCUCAGAGAUCUCCUCGCCAGUAACAUCAUUCAACGAGCCUCGCGGGCGAAGGCCUUUGGCAGCGCGGGUGUCGUAACGAAGAGAUCCUUGGCCCGUGGACGGAGGGAGCCCAAGGAUAUGACGGCUAGCAGCACUUGA